UCAAUGGGACUACAGCAAUGAACAUCUCUGAAGAGGAACCUGUACAAGGCUGGCAUUUCAGAGGCUCUAAUGAAGAAAAUAUUGCAUUUGCUGCUUUCUACAUUGUGAUCUUUGUGUUUGCUGUUCCUGUAAAUGCAUUUGCGCUGUGGUCCUUCUGCAAUCAGAAAAGCAGCUCUCCAUCAAAGGUGUUCCUGUGUCACCUGGCAAUAGCAGACAUCUCCUACGUUCUCCUCCUCCCCAUGCAUUCAGCAUAUCAUAUCAACCAGAAUCACUGGCCUUUGGGAUAUGUACUCUGUCAGCUGUCUGGGUUCCUCUUUCACCUCAAUAUGUACUGUAGUCUCUACCUGAUGAGCCUGAUCAGUCUGGAUAGAUUUCUGUCUGUGCUCCUGCCAAUGAAAUCACAGGCUAUAAGAAAGACCAAGUAUGCAAAGAUUACUGUUGGAAUCCUGUGGGUUUUAGUGACUGCAUUCACAUGUCCAAUGCUUUUUCCACAAAAGGACAUUCCUCAUAACAAGACUCACUGUUGCCGCUUACUUUAUUUAGAAAAGGCAUCAGCCACAGCACUAGUUUCGACUGUUGUGGCAUUUGCUAUUCCUCUAACCUGUGUAGUGCUCUCUUACGUAUUGAUACUAUUGAAAGUAAGAAGCCUCAAACAGCAGGGCAAUUGUAGACCUAUAAAAUCUAAAGUCAGAAAAAUGGUCACCCUUAUCAUUAUGAACUUCCUCAUUGCAUUUAUGCCGUACCAUGUGAGCCGUGUUUUCUAUAUUCAAAGUCACACACGUGAACAUGUGAGCAGUGCCACACAGCAGACCCUGGGUAGAGUUAACUGGAUCACCUCUGCACUGACCUGUCUAAGCGGACUGCUGGAUCCAGUCAUGUACUUCUUCCUCAACACUGCAUUUAGGAGCAAAGUGCACCAGCUCUUCUCAAGAAACAGGACAUAA